AUGUCUAACUUUUGGAAAAGCAAAGAAAUAUUGCUACCGCUCUCUAUCACUAAUCCUGUACUAUUUUAUCAACGGCAGAGACGAACGAACAAAAAGGAUGCCAUGUUGCUUUUGGUAAAACAAGUUACGAUGAAAAGAUUCAUCCUCCUCCUUUUAUUAUCUAGUAUUCUUUUAAUAAGUUUUCAAUUAAGGCUCACAACUUAUUUCAUCAAUUCUCCAUUCGGAAGGAAUACUAGACCUGAACCAAAUAUUCGAUGUUCAUUUCAAAAUGGAGUCGCCAGGGGAACUGUUCGUGCUCCCGAUCAUCGUUCGGCUGCGAGACUUAGAAUAGAUCCGAAAGUUUUGGUUUUUGUAGAAACUACUUAUUCCAGAUUGGGACGUGAUGUUGCCGAGCUUUUAGUGUACAAUAGAAUAAAAUACAAAAUAGAUGUUGCGGGUAAAUCGCUUCCUGUUUUAACAAAUUUGGACAAAGGAAAAUAUGGUGUCAUCGUUUUUGAAAAUUUAAAUAAAUAUCUUCUAAUGGACAAAUGGAACCGAGAGCUUUUAGACAAAUAUUGUAGAGAAUAUAGCGUUGGAAUUAUUGGAUUUAUACCACCGAGCGAAGAAUCUCUAGUAGGAGCUCAACUGAAAGGUUUCCCGCUUUUCAUUCAUACCAACUUAAAACUAAAAGAUGCAGCUUUAAAUGCAGCUUCACCUAUAUUAAGAUUGACAAGAGCAGGAGAAACUGCUUGGGGUCCACUUCCUGGAGAUGAUUGGACAAUUUUUUCACCGAAUCAUUCUACAUACGAAGCUCUAUCGUGGGCAAGCAGAAAUGAAAAUUACAUUACUACUUCUUUUAACAAAACGCCUUUAAUUACUUCAGUGCAGGAUCACGGAUUAUACGACGGAAUACAACGAGUUUUGUUUGGCAGCGGAAUGAAAUUUUGGCUUAAUAAAUUGUUGUUCCUCGACUCUCUUUCUUUUCUCAGUCAUGGACAGCUUAGCGUUAGUCUUCAAAGAUAUAUUCAGGUUGACAUAGAUGAUAUUUUUGUUGGAGAAAAAGGUACACGUUUGCAAAAGGAUGAUAUAAUGGCCAUGCUAAAAACUCAACAAAGAAUUCAGGAAAUGAUAUCGGGGUUCAAGCUGAAUCUUGGAUUUUCCGGUAAAUAUUUUCAUCACGGAACGACAGAAGAAAAUUUGGGAGACGACAUGCUUUUAGAAAAUGCAGAUAAAUUUAUGUGGUUUAGUCACAUGUGGAAUCAUCUUCAACCUCAUUUGUAUGAUAAUUUAACGCAGUUAGAAGUUGAUAUGAUAUUGAAUAGAAAUUUUGCCAAAGAACACGGAAUAUCUGUCGAUUCCGGAUACAGUAUAGCUCCUCAUCAUUCUGGAGUUUAUCCCGUUCACGAGUUAUUGUACACGGCCUGGAAAAAGGUUUGGAAUAUUCGAGUGACUUCCACAGAAGAAUAUCCCCAUUUAAGGCCUGCAAGACUUCGCCGGGGAUUCGUUCAUCGAAAUAUUAUGGUUCUUCCAAGACAAACUUGUGGUCUUUUUACACACACAAUAUUUAUCGAACGCUAUCCAGGAGGAAGAGAUAAGCUGGACGAGGCCAUAGAAGGGGGCGAAUUAUUUCAAACGAUUGUGUAUAAUCCUAUAAAUAUUUUCAUGACACACAUGUCAAAUUACGGAAACGAUAGGUUAGCACUUUACACUUUUGAAUCUGUAAUUAAAUUUAUACAGUGUUGGACAAAUCUACGGCUUUUAAGUGCUCCUCCAGUUCAAUUAGCUGAAAAAUAUUUUUUACUUUAUCCGGAAGAGGUCGAUCCAGUGUGGGGGAAUCCGUGCGACGAUUCUCGUCAUAUAAAAAUUUGGUCCAAGAACAAAACUUGCGAUCAACUUCCAAGAUUUUUGGUUAUCGGUCCGCAAAAAACCGGAACCACUGCGUUGUACACAUUUCUUUCUAUGCAUCCAGAAGUGCAAAGUAAUUUUCCCAGUGCCGAAACUUUUGAAGAGAUUCAGUUUUUUAAUGGUAAAAAUUACUACAGAGUUUUACUGAAAAAAAAAAAAAUUAAAUCAAAUUGUUAUCUACGUCAUAUCAAUACAUUAAAAUCUACUUGGCAGUACGCAAAUUAUUUUCUUUUCGAAAAAAGUGCCACAUAUUUUGACGGAGAAUUUGUUCCAAGAAGAGCACAUGCUUUGUUACCACAUGCCAAAAUUGUGACGAUAUUGUUGUCGCCAGCUAAAAGAGCUUACAGUUGGUAUCAACACAUGCGAGCUCACGGGGAUCAAAUAGCAUUAAAUUAUUCUUUUCAUCAGGUCAUAACAGCCUCAGAUGUAUCUUUGAGACCCCUGAGAGAAUUAAGGAAUAGAUGUUUAAAUCCGGGUAAAUAUGCUCAGCAUUUGGAAAGGUGGCUUUCGUAUUAUCCAGCGCAACAGUUGCACAUAAUCGACGGUGACAGAUUAAAAUUAAAUCCUCUCGAAAUAAUGAACGAACUUCAAAAGUUUUUAAAAAUUUCUCCACCGUUUGAUUAUUCAAAACGAUUGAGGUACGAUCCGAAGAAAGGAUUUUUCUGUCAGGUGAUUAAGGGCGAUCACACGAAAUGUCUCGGAAGAAACAAAGGAAGACAAUAUCCUCCCAUGGAAGAAAAAUCAUACAAAUUACUUCAGAGAUAUUAUCUUUCUCAUAAUACGGCCCUUGUUAAAUUGUUGAAACGUCUCGGUAUACGAAACAUUCCUCAGUGGUUAAAGGAAGAUUUAAGUGAAACUUUUCCUACGUGA